GCGAUGGCAGUGAGCAGAGUGAAGUGUUGACUCUCAUUGUUUGAGAAGCUAUGAGCCGUUUCAUUUCUUCAGUCGUCACAUUAGCUAAGUAGACAGUCAGCCCACCGUUAGCUCAACUAAAGCUCACCCUGUCUGUUGUUUACUCGCCGGCUUUUACACUCAAAGAGUCUGGAGAAAUGCAGAGAAUAAGCUCUUGGAAAACCGGUUGGCAGCUGCUGAAAACAAACUGCGAGGGAGCAAUAAAACAAGUAAACACGUCGCCUGCGACCUCACGCAAUUAUAGCAAUCUCCCUCCUCACGGCUCCAGCUCCUUUGGGCUCCUCUUCGACAUUGAUGGGGUGCUGGUGCGGGGCAGGACGCCCAUCCCUGCAGCCAAGCAGUGCUUCAGGAACCUGGUGGACCGCAAUGGGAAAUACAAGGUGCCCGUGGUGUUUGUCACCAACGCUGGGAACUGCAUGAGGCACACCAAAGCUGAGCACCUGUCACAUCUGCUUGAGGUGGAGGUGUCUCCAGACCAGGUGAUGCUGUCCCACAGUCCUUUGCGGAUGUUUACCCAGUUCCACAAAAUGCGUGUGCUAGUGUCCGGACAGGGUCCUGUGGAGGAGGUCGCUCACAACCUGGGCUUUCAGGAUGUUAUUACCAUAGAUAUGCUCAGAGAGGCAUAUCCUCUUCUAGAUGUCGUAGAUCACAACAGAAGGCCCAAAGACAGCAUUCCACCCACCAAAGGUUUACGGCCAAUAGAAGCUGUGAUCUUAUUUGGUGAGCCGAUCAGAUGGGAGACAAACCUCCAGCUCAUUGUUGACGUGCUCCUGACAAAUGGGAACUCAGACAAUAACUGGAGUUCUCAGCAAUACCCUCACAUCCCUGUCCUGGCCUGUAACAUGGACCUGCUGUGGAUGGCCGAAGCAAAGAAUCCCAGGUUUGGUCAUGGUAUGUUCCUGGUGUGUUUGGAGAGCCUGUACAAGAAGAUCACAGGCAAUGAGCUAAAGUACGAGGCUCUGAUUGGUAAACCCAGUGUGGUGACUUACAACUACGCCGAGCUGCUGAUCAGACAGCAGGCUGAGAGACUGGGCUGGACCACACCUGUGAAGAGGCUGUACGCUAUAGGUGAUAACCCUAUGGCUGACAUAUAUGGCGCCAACCUCUACGACCGCUACCUUCAGGCUUCUCAGCGCACCAAAGCCCAGAUGCAGGCAAAAAGUGGCGGAGGAGGUAUAGAUCCCUUGGCAGAAGCUCCAAAAAUGACAUCAGAAGAAGCAGGUGGAGCGUCAGGUGGUUUCGGGGUAGAGGUGGAACGCCCCGAGGGGUGCAGCUCCAUGCUGGUGUGCACAGGAGUGUACAGCAGAGACACACAAGAGCUUCCGUCGGAUCCAGAGCACACUGUCACGGAGCAGCAAAUCUUCCACGGUCACAGGGACUUCCACUUUGACCCCAGCCUCAUGCAGCCGUCCUAUGUGGUGCAGGAUGUGAAGGAGGCGGUGGAGCUGGUGUUUCAGCAGGAAGGUUGGCCUCUGGAGUAAGAUGGCUGGGUAUUAAACUGUGGCUACAUCUCAGAGCCGUCCAGUAAACAGCUCUAACAAUCCUUAACUGGUAGGAGCUUUAUGAGGGUUUUUUUGUUGGUAGGUGCACUGAUCAUCACAGGGGAGGAGUAGCUUGUUGUUCUUAGAGAUUCUCUUAAAGUGCCAUAGAAUAAGCUAAAAAAAAAAGGCAAUAAUAUGCAGUUUUAACACUAAGUAUAGGAGAGUUACACCCAUUUUAAAUCGGUCAUACACACACAAACACACACACACAUCACUGUUUCCAAGGGCCAUACCUACAUGUAUGUGUGAAGGACUCAAGUUUAUGUAGUUCUACAUGUGCCCUUUCUUGUAUUUGUACGACACAAUCUAUAUCAGCUUUCUCUUUUUCAACGCACGUCGAUUGUUAAGAAGUGUAAGUGUAGAGUUACAAACAUUUUUAGUACUCUCAGACUUUUAUCUGCAAGUUUAUGGAUGAGAAUUUAAACAUAGUUACACUUUAAAUUGGAUAAUGUUCAGAUUGAUCCAGAAAUAGCCUGGUUCAUCUGUGACACUGUCCAUUUUCCAGAUAAAGAUGGAUUUUUUUUUUUGCACAACCAUCUACCUAACUGGGUCAUCUUGCCUUUCCAAAACAUACCCCCACUCCAGCAACUCCUUACUAGACCAGUCCUGCUGUUUGUUUUUACUGCUAUAAUAUUUCAGCUUGAUUUGUUUUUAAGCAAGGGUGAAUGUGUAACCAUGGAUGCAUAAGAGAUUAAGUGGCCAGGUUUAAGUUUAGUACCUCAGUUUUGUUUUUAGCUGCAAUGGAGAGAAUGCUAAUUUUAUUUUGGUAUUAUUUUGUGAAAUUGUCAGAAUGAUACAAAGUACCACAGUUUCAACAGGAAUGAAAAAAGGUGCUAUUUUUUCCGCUGAAUAGUUAAAGCACUGAAAUUUUUAGUUUUUUUUUAUGUGAAUGUCUGUAAUCGAAGACUUUUGCGACUGCAGCUGCAGCACUACUGAAAAUUUCACACGGUGCUGGUUUGUUUUAUUUGUAACUGACAGAUUUAACAAAGUAUGAUUUGCAAGUGACUUAAACUGUAGGUUAAAACUGUGGAACUCUGGUUAAUGUACUUGAAAAAGCCAUACUAUACUAAAGAACAAUUAAAAAAGACACAAAACA